AUGGUAGUCGGUUUAUCACAGUCAAUUUCAUCCCAUCUGUUCGACGAUGAAGAACUUGAAGUGCCCCUAAUCGACAAUAAUGAGUCGCUCCCUGAGGUUGUCCGGAAACUUUCCAGGUAUAUCAUCGCCGCAAUUUCAGAUGUGCCUUGUACGUUCGACCAGAUGAGAUCGUCCUUUCUUGGACAACGGCUCCGGCCACUGAUACACUCUCUAUCGGAGAACGUGCACAACCCAUCUAUCGUUUGUUCUCUGAUGAUACUCAAAUGGCAAUUUGACAACGUCCCUGACGAUGAACUUGGUCUCAACGAGAGCCGGGGAUACGCUUGCGAAUUCGUCGCAUGGCAAUUCCUCUCGUCUCUCUCGUAUCGAGAAACCAUUGAUUUUCUCCUACAAGAGCUCCCUGGUCCAAGGAAAGAUUCAUUAACCGUCUCUGAAGCGGAGAGGGGCUCAUCUGGUUUCGGUGCGUCUGAGGAAGAUCCAGGAUAUAGAGCCGCGCACGAGAGAACUCCUCUCCUUUCUAGUUCAGCUUCCUCCCCUCAUGGCAUUUUCGGCGCCAGUCGAAAGAGAGAACAUGACCAUAACCGAUUAGGUGACACGGAAAGCACAUUUGAGGAUUAUUGCACUGACGAGCAAUAUUCGCUAUUUUAUGGGCUCAAUGCGUUGGAAAUUGCGGCGAUUGCCCAUGCUAAGAAAUUCCUCAGUCAGAAAGUCGUCCAGCGGAUCAUUGAUGAUAUCUGGAAUGGUGAAAUUGUCUUCUGGGAAACCCUAAGUGUGCACUCGAAGAAAACGCCACAGAUACUCAACAAAAAGACCGUGGAUCCGUAUUCUCGCCUCAGGGUGCCAAUAUACCGAAAGGCAUUCGAAGCAGCGUUUUUUGUAUCUUUCCUGGUCCUCUACUAUGCAGUGUUGGUGGAGCGUGAUCCAACCAGGAUCAGCCCGCUGGAAACUAUGAUGUACAUCUGGAUUGCUGCCUUUGCCUAUGAUGAACUCAGCGGCAUGACGGAUGCGGGAAUGCUCUUCUACCAGAUGGAUUUUUGGAGCCUUUGGAAUCUCGGGAUUAUUGGGACCGGAAUUGCCUUCGUUGUUGCCCGUGAGUCAUCGCUCCUUGCAAAUUUGCCUUGCUUGUCACCGCCAUUAUCACUGUCCUUCCCGACUGAAUUGAUUGUCGUUUCAUGUGGCUCGGUUUGGUUCGAGGCGCAAACAGCUGAUGCAGACGAUCCAGGAAUCGUGGGUCUGGCAAAGCAGAACGACUACAUCACAGACCUCUCUUUUGACAUUCUAUCUUUGGAGGCACUUUUUUUGGUUCCCAGCCUCUGUGUCCUACUUUUCAUGGGUGCUGAUGCGGUGAGGCUUAGGAUCUGCUCGCUAGUGAGCUUGAAUCCAUACUUUGGAAGCCUAGUACGUCGGGUCCUGGAGAGCACAGCCUCCUGGUGUGCUAAGACAGCUAAUCUUCGCCGCCGUAGAUACCAGUGCUUAAGGAAAUGGUACAGUCUUCAUUGGGGCCUGCGCCUAGACCCCUGCUAUGAUCAUCAUGGUCCUGACUAG